AUGUUCUCAUUAGAAAAGUUUUAUAAAAUUCAAUUCAAUACAAAAACUUUACUAAUCAUUGCUGUAAUAUUUGUCCAUCACUUUGUGAUCGCACAAACAGCUAAUACCAGUGAUUCCGAUGAUAAACAAAAUAUGUCCGUACCAUACAUACAGCUAUCAUCGACAUUGACAACACCAUCAGAUAGUCCGCCAGUCCAGAGACGCGGCUCAUCUGUUAGCGACCAGUUUAAGGGUGUGCUCAACAAUAUACUGAAGCCAUUGAAUCUGGAAGUGCCAAAAGUCAAACAAAUGUCACAAUUGUUUUCCCAACUGUUUCCUACAAUCACUAUUGAGACGGCACCCACCUAUCAUCGUAGCAACAGGUCAUCUUCAUUAUUAGAUAACUACCAGAUGGCCGGUAGUGUCAAUCGGCACCGGUAUCCGUCAUCAUCAUCAUCGACAGCUUAUAGUCGACAUAAAGGGAUGAAUGAUUUUGGCUAUACAUUCAACGAACCGUUAAGAUUCAUCACACACUUGGAGAGUGUUAGACACACCGACUCCGGUAUUGUUGCUCCGUAUGAUGACUAUACUAAUACUAAAUCAAUUGAUACGGGAAUGGGAUCUGAAUCAAUGGCUGCUCAUCCUAUGGCUGACAAUCCUAUUAGUGGCGAUGAGAUGAGUAUGUCGUCAAACACAUUGAAAAACAUUGUAAACUUAGACGACCGACAAAAAUCCAACACUGAUUUGUUUGUCCAAUCAAACUAUAGUAAACUACCAGAUUAUAUAACAAAAAGUGGUCGUAUUAAGCAUCUGUCCAUACCUACCGAAACCGUUUAUGGACAGCAUGGGUCAGGUUCUGUUGUUAAUGAUUACUAUCCUACAUAUGAGGGCGAAACACCCAUCAUAACUGCCGAACCUAACGAUGAUUUAGAACUGGAUCCACAAAAAUCAUUGGUCGUUAAGUAUAACAAUUUUCAACUGACUGGUGGUCUACAGAAAUCACCGAAAAGUCUUAUCUAUAAUAAUAAUAAUAAUGACAAUCUCACUGAUGGUAAUGAUAAUAGUAUGAUGAUGUCUACUACUGGUGAUAGAGAUAAUAAUAAUAAUAAUAAUUUACUGAAAACUGCUUCCGAGUUAAAAGUUGUUCACUAUUUGCAAGAUUUCUAUAAUAAUACACACGAAGAGUUCAAUACAAUGGCCGACAAACUCUAUGGAAAGUCGUCUCAAAAUAAUGAUAAUAAUAAUACCAAUAAUCUAUCACUCAUGGAGUUUCACUCGAUAGGACCUACAGUAGAAAGUGCGGAACGACCUAAAUAUAGACAACAAAAAUAUAGUCUUAAAAUGGAAUCUGGAUUCGAUUGGAGGCCUAUGUUAGGACCCAAACCAAUGGUCGGCCGAACCUAUGGAUGGGAAUCCUCUCAAUUGAAACCACAAAUUGUGGACCCAUUGGCCGACCAAACCAUUGAAAAUGAAAAAGAAAAUCAUCUGAAGACUCAACUGAACGGCAAUAUUAAAAGUUAUGGAAAACAUAAUCACGAAGACAUUGAUGACGAGUUCAAAGGUAAUCUAUUGCCCGACCAUCACAUGACAACCAUAUUGAGUGGUAAUAUGCUUAGCCGUCCGCGUAAUGCAAAGUACGGUUUUGUCAACAGUCCGCACCACAGCAUCCGUAUGCUGUCGGCGCCGUCGGCUUUAUAUGAAACACAAAUGUUGGAUUCACACGGAGAAGCCUCUGUUGAAGAGUCGCCUAUUAUUUAUAAUAUACCUUCAAUAGCAAAACCAAUGGUGCAUCGCAUCAGAGAUUUUUUACGUAAUAUACUGUUUCCUAAAUAG